AUGGGCUCUGGAUGUUUGACGCCUGAUGGUAUGGGGCCAGCAUCGAGAGACGGUUUCCAUAUGGAGAACCAGAUUUCUGAGGUGGCAUCCCUGGCCAACACAGAGAGUGGAUGUCACAGUGGUGGAACUAUAAUAUUUGAUCACAGGGUGUCAUUUGAAUUGACUGGUGAAGAUGUUGGAUGCUGUCUUGCGAAUAAAGCAUUAAGAACUGCAACGGAAUCUUCAAAUGAUAUAGCAGCAGAAAACUCAAUUGAAACAGAUGCGUUAUUAACAGACUCCAACAAUCACCGAGUGUUUAAUGUUGAAGAAAGUUUGAGUAGAAUUCCUGCAAAUGCUUCAGGAGAAGGGGAGGAUCAAGGAUACCGGAAGCAAAGAUCCAUCACACUUGGGUCGACAAAGGAGUUUAAUUUUGAUUACACAAAAGCUGAAGUUCCGAGUAAGUCCAACAUCGGCUCAGAAUGGUGGACUAACAAAAAUGUUGCUGCUAAGGAAUCUAAGCCUUGCAAUGACUGGACUUUCUUUCCGAUUCUACAACCCGGAGUUAGAUGA